AAAGAACUCGGUUAACAUUCCUAGAGAGAAAAAAAAUGUCUGGGGAACUUUUUUUUCACAUCUGGCUUUCAAGUUUCAACCUCCCCAGUCCUCACUUGUUCCAAAUAUGUGAAAGUGUAAUUUUUUGGUUAAGUACUUGAGGAACAAAAAUUGUACCUUAGAAAGAGUUGGUAUUUGUUUGGUAGAUGGCAAACAAAACUAGGAAAAUUGUAAGAAGAGAUGGUAUUGAUCGUAUAAGUAAUUUACCUGAUGAUGUUUUGGUCCGGAUUCUAUCGCUUGUUCCAACUAUAGAAGCUGUUACAACAAGUUUCCUGGCCAAGAGAUGGAAGUCCUUAUGGAUUUUACUUCCUGAAUUAGACCUAGAUUAUGAUCGUUUUUCUAUAAGGUUGACUGGUGUGAGCUGGGAUGAUCAAAUGAGACGGUUUCUUGACUUUGUAGCACAUGUACUGUCUCUCCAUGAACUCGAACCUUUACAGAAGCUAAGAUUAAAAUUUGACACUGCUGAUUUCAAUAACUAUAGUUCUAAAGUUUCUAUGGUGGUUACAUUAGCGAUGGAGAGUAAUUGUUUGAGAAUUGAUUUGGAUUUAUCUAGUCAAACGGCGUCAGUAUGGAUUCCAGGAUACGAUGUAUUUUCAGAAAUGCACACUCUGCCUCCAUGUAUUUUCCCACACCCAUCAGUCUCUCAACUGAUACUAACCGGCUGUAAGUUAGUAUCCUCUUUGUAUAAAAGUUUUACAUCAGUUAAAAUUGCUAAACUUACAAGUGUCGAGCUACAGAAAGACUCGGUGUAUGAUUUAGUCUCCAAAUGCCCAUGCCUCGAAGAAUUACGUCUUCUUUAUUGUAAAAUUCCUUCUUCUGUUUUCGAGUUAAAUGCCCAGGAAUCCAAUUUGAAAUGCUUGGAGUUGCAUUCUUGUCACGGCAAUGAAGGGUUGUCUUUUGAGCAUGCCUCUAUCCAAAUUCCAACUCUUUUGCAAUUGAAGUAUGUAGGGGACUUCAGAUCAGCAGGUUACCUCUCUAUAUGCAAUUCAGAGAAUCUCAUUGAAGCAGAUAUUUGUAUUUUUUAUCGUCCACACUAUGAGUACAAGUUGGUGUGCAAGCUUCUAAAGAGUCUCCUGAAUGUGAAGUCUCUAACUCUAUCUCCCAGUAAUCUUGAGGUUCUCAUUACAAAUGGUGGGAUAAAUUUGCUGUCUCCGCUCUACAAUUUAAAGCAUUUGUCUGUAAAACUAAGACAGACUGAUAAGGAGUUCCUGGGGCUAAUCUGCUUGUUGAGGAGUUCCCCUUGUUUAGAAACUCUUUCUGUAGACUGUCAUCCGUAUUUUGAAACUGAUGAUGAAAUAUUAUCCGGAGUCUAUAAUGCAGAUGAAGAAGUAGUUCAGCAACUACAUAUAGUUCCUUCUCUUGUGAAAGUUGAGAUCAAGGAGUUUCAAGGUCUAAAAGUUGAAAUGGAUUUUGUAAAACAUGUUCUACAGAUUUCAGUAUGUCUGAAGGAGAUGGUUAUUCACAUCCACUCAAGAUAUUAUUAUCUGGAUAUGAGAAUGGGUAAAGAGCAUUAUAAGAAUUUCAAGAUUAAAAAAGCUGAGACAAUUGAGAGUGUAUUGGCUUGCACACCUGCGUCUCCUGAUGCUAAAAUAUUUCUCAAGUAGGGAAAGUUCUUAUGGGUAGUCUUACAUAUCGGAGAUAUGUCAACAUCAGAUAAUACUGUAAACCAUUAGGAAAGAAGGCUUCCCAUUUUGUGAUCCUGGAUGUCAAAAGGUAUGAUGAGAACUUUCAUUUUGCCGUUUUUUUGGCGUAAUCUGUGAUUGUCUUUUACACCACUGAUGCAUUGUAAUAUGAAGAACUAGUUAAGAUGGAGAAGAUUUAACUACCACCGUGCUUGCCGAACUGAUACUGUUGAAUGUGCUUGGUUAUUAUUGACAACAUGUGCAUUGGGAGAUACAGGGUACCUUUUAUGCAAAA